AUGCUUCCCUGGCUUCGAAGGAAAUGGUCCCUGACGCAUGUCAGAAACUUUGUUGAAGCUCCCUUAGAUAUUAGUAUCAGAGCCCAACUAACGGCAUUAGUAUGUGUUGUGGCGCUUUUGUCUUUGAUCGUACUUGCAGUGAUAACAGGAGUGUACUUCUCUUCAAACUUCAAGUCUCUAAGAGGCGAGCGUUUGUAUGUCGCAGCCCAGCUUAAGGCGUCACAAAUUGAUCAAACUUUGAAAAGUCUGUACUAUCAAUGUUACUGGCUUGCGACACGAGGCACAUUGCAAAAUGCACUCACGCAGUACUUGGCAGGUAACGUCACGGAAGAAGACUUUUCAGAUUCUUCUACGGUGGUGGACAAAUUCCUAGGGUCUUCGGACCUAUUUUCAGCUGCAAAACUGUAUGAUUCAAGCUUCAAAGAAGUUCUCUUUUCUACCAAUAAUAACUCCGGAAAUGCGAUACCGCCUGACGUCCUUGAACAGCUUUUCCCUCUGUCAACUAAUGAUUCUCUACCGUCGUCCUUAGAGUCGUCCGGGAUGCUGACGGACCCGGUUCUGAAUGGCUCCGUUUAUUUGAUGUCAAUGUCACUACCCAUUCUCGCUAACCCUUCCAUCAUUCUGUCUGAUUCAAGGAUUUACGGCUACUUAACAGUGGUAAUGUCUGCGGAAGGAUUGAAAGCGGUCUUUAAUGAUACCACGGCGUUGGACAAAUCGUACGUCACCAUAAUCUCUACGUCUUACCGCGAGGGGAAACUUGCCGGCUUCCAUCUCGUCUUUCCACCUUACGGCACGCAGACAUAUGUGACAAGUUACGUCUUCCCAAUGACCAACGGCAGUUUUACAGAGGACGCGCUCUUGGAAGGCAAAGGAGGAACACUAGAUAACACAGAAUUUUUGGGCAGGAGGGUGGCAAUGGGUUACUCGCGUUGUACUUUCAGUUUUGUUGCGUGGGUAGCGAUCGUUUCUCAACCGGCAAAUGUCUUUCUGUCUCCCUCUACAAAAUUGACCAAGAUUAUUGCCGGAACGGUUAUCGGGAUCGCAGCUGUUGUGUGUUUAGCGACUUUUCCCUUGGCUCAUUGGGCCGUUCAGCCCAUUGUCAGGCUUCAAAAAGCCACGGAGAUUAUCACAGCUGGCAGGGGUUUACGGUCGGAUAACAAUAGCGCCUCUAUAAGUCGAUCAGAUUCAAGCCACAAACGUUCGAGCACCGUGGGUUCAUUUGGGUCUGCUUUCCGCCUGCGUAACGACAAGCUUUUAGCAAAUUCCUAUGUUGAGCGAACCGCGGGAAAUGGCUCUCCGGAGAAAGGUGAUGCAUCUGCUGGAGAAACUAAACUCGAUCGCUCGAAUCAUUUGGUAGGGAACUCAGCUCGAAAUUCCUUUCAUAGCGAAACAGCUUCGGAGAGAUCUGAUCGCUAUAUGAUUCCAACGAGUCUGAUGAUAGAUGCGCGGGUUCCCGUAUACCGAAGGUUUUUUUCUGAUGAGCUUUCCGAAUUAACUGACACAUUCAAUACCAUGGCUGAUGAACUCGACCGGUACUACACUUUAUUGGAAGAUCGGGUGCGUGCGAGGACAAAACAGUUGGAGGCCGCGAAGGUGGAAGCUGAAGCUGCGAAUGAGGCGAAAACAGUAUUCAUUGCCAACAUAUCGCAUGAGCUUAGAACUCCGUUAAACGGUAUUUUGGGAAUGACAGCUAUUGCAAUGGCAGAGGAUGAUCCUCAAAAGUUGAAAAACAGUCUAAAAUUGAUAUUCAGGUCAGGAGAACUUCUGCUUCACAUUCUGACUGAGCUUUUAACCUUCUCGAAAAAUGUUUUGAAGAGGACGAAAUUGGAGGAAAGAAACUUCUCAAUUUUGGAUGUCGCUCUGCAAGUCAAAUCUAUCUUCGGAAAACUGGCGAAGGAUCAACAUGUUAAGCUAAGCAUCACGAUAGAGCCAAAUAUGCUUAGAAGUAUGGGUCUCUGGGGAGAUUCUAAUCGAAUAAUACAAAUUAUGAUGAAUUUGGUUUCCAAUGCAUUGAAAUUUACGCCAGUUGAUGGUGAAGUCAAUGUUCGCUUUAAACUACUGGGUGAAUAUGACAAGGAACGGAGCGAGAAAUCCAAUCGCUGCGAAGUUUGUUUAGGAGAUGGAACAACGCCACAUGACAUGAUAGAAUCGGAGCCUUUCCCGACUAUUGAACAGAAAGAAGGGAACGCUGAUGGAAAGCAAGAAGAAAGGGUUGGCUCCUCUGACCAUUCUUCGUCCUCUGAAAGUGCUCAAAGCUCUCCCCAGGAAUUAGCCAAGAAAGCCAACUUUUCAGACGGGUCUAGUGAUGAGAAAUCGAUUCAAGAAUCGUUAGAUUCGAGUACCACAAGCUCAUACGACAACGCAAUUUUUUAUUCCCAGUUUCGCAAAAGCUUCUCGGAUGAUGACAAUGGUGACUCUAAUGAGGAUUCCAAACUCGAGCAUCCCAAAACUUGGGUCAUAACUAUGGAAGUUGAGGAUACAGGUCCUGGGAUCGACACAAGUCUUCAAGAAAGUGUUUUUGAGCCUUUUGUUCAGGGUGAUCAAACUUUAUCGCGCCAAUACGGUGGAACCGGACUUGGACUCUCUAUUUGUAGGCAGCUGGCUGCCAUGAUGAAGGGGACAAUGGAGCUGGAAUCGACAGUCGGAGUAGGAAGCAAGUUUACGUUCACCCUACCCUUAACUCAAGUACGAGAAAUUUCAUUCGAUGAUGUUGAAGCUCCCUUUGAAGAUGAGUUUAAUCCCCAUAGUAAAAAGAACAGGAAGGUCAAAUUUAAGGUGUCAAAGGCGAGCAAGAAACCGCGUUUGAGAAGCACAGCAAACGAAUCUGAGAGCUCCUGCGAAAAUAAUAAUAUUUCCGGAAGCGAUCUCAGCAUGGGAAGCGUCAGGGUCGAUAGACCCUUCUUGCAAAGCACAGGUACCGCUCAGUCUUCUCGUAACGUCACAACGCUCCAGACGUCAAGGAAUGAAGGUAAAAUUUUGGUUGCUGAGGACAAUAACGUUAACCAAGAAGUCAUCAAGAGAAUGUUGAACCUCGAAGGGUUAGCGAGGAUUGAUCUGGCCUGCGAUGGAGAGGAGGCAUUUUUGAAGGUAAAGGAACAAGUAGAAGAGAACGAUUUUUAUGAUAUGAUAUUCAUGGACGUUCAAAUGCCCAAGGUUGAUGGACUGACCGCCACCAAGCAAAUUCGUCAGGAGCUAAAAUACGAUCACCCAAUUGUCGCGCUUACGGCCUAUGCAGACGACAGUAACAUCAAGGAAUGCCUAAAUGCUGGAAUGAAUGGCUUUUUGUCAAAACCCAUUAAGAGACCAAAACUCAGAAAUAUCCUACGAGAGUUUAGCCCCAGUACUUUGGAAGCUGCCAAAAAGAACCCUUGA